ACGAUUCGCAAAAAUGUUUAUAAAUCGAUUUUCGGAAUAAAAUUGCCGAAUCGACGUUGAUAAAUACCGAGCAAACGAUUUUCGACGAAAACCCAUAAAAAUGCGAGCAAAUAUUCCUCGCCUCGAGAUUGCGACAUUGAGUCGUGCAUGUUCCAUUCACGGAAAUGACAAUAAAACGGGAGUGCGCGGUCACACGAGCCAUAUAAUACUGGUGCAUUACCAUAUUUUUGCAUGUACAUUUCUACUCUUUUUUUUUAUUUCCUUCACAUUUUUGUUCUAGAUUAGCAUAUUACGUGGAUUUAAAGGAGCGCGAUCGAGGGAGAGAGGAAGCUGCGCGAAAACGGUGAUCUGUAGCGGUGAUUUGAAACCGAUACCGGAUUUAUACUCUCAACUGCGCUGCGGCAACGGUGAUCGAGUGCGCCGCGCGUCUGCGAAGAUCCAUUUUUGGCGCGAAAGGGUUUCCUCGUCGCGGAACCUCCGCGUGCGAAACUGCAGCGGCGGUGAAUUACUCAUACCCGUUUUAACCGACUGUAUUGUUACUGCACGCGAAUAUGGAAUAUCAUUAUAGUCAGAUUGAACUGGAUAAUUACGUGCGUGCUCUGAUCGCGCUUUGCCGCGCGCGCUCAACUUCAUCGCGGGAAAUCCGCGUCGCGCGCACGUAAUCGCUCAUCAAUUACGAAAAAAAAGAAGCGAAAAAACGCGGAAUUAAACGCGAUAUAAAUACGUAGGCGAAAUUUAUCGAACACCUUGAGGAAUAAUCAGGGCCGUGCGUGGGCGAAGUUCGAAGGGGGGACCGAAGGUCGCGGAUGGUGGGGCUGUGGGAUCGUCCUCGCGUAAUCCACGCGAUCGCAGGUGAUCGGUUAGUCUUCCUCGCGCCGAUCGAGCAUUAAGUUGCAAGCAGAGAGUUUGAUUCGUCGCGGGAGUAACGUUCUCUCCCCGCUCGUCACAAUCUCAUCGCUUUUUCGGAUAGAUACGAGUUGGAGAAAUACAGUGGCAAGAUGCAGUAUUCGCGAGCCGCAGCCUUGCUCCUGCCUCUCUUCGUCGCGGUGGUGAACGGCAGCCACUACGUCCAAUACGUUCAGUCGCGAGUACUUGCGAGCAGUUGCGACAGCUACACGUGCGGCGUCAACGCGAGAUGUACGAUGAGCGAGGGACGGCCCGUGUGCUCCUGCCUGAAUUUACAUAUGGGAGACCCGCUCGCGCGGUGCGUGCGGGUCGAGUGUCUAAUCAACGAGGACUGCCCGUACAACAGGGUGUGCACGAACAACAAGUGCGUUGAUCCCUGCGUAGGUCUGUGCGGGUCGAAUGCCAAUUGCCUGACCAGAACUCACAUACCGACCUGCGAGUGUAUACCAGGAUACGUCGGAGAUCCGUUUUCGCGCUGUCAAGUCGCCGACCCCCAAGCCGCCUGUAAGCCAAGCCCGUGCGGGCAGAACACCCAGUGCGAGGUGAUCAACCAGGUUCCAGUCUGCACGUGCCUGCCGGGUUACAGAGGCUCACCCCUGACCGGAUGUCGGCACGAGUGCGAGAGCGACAGCGAGUGUCCUCCGCACCUCGCGUGCUCGUCGUCGUACAGGUGCGAGAGCCCGUGCAAGUGCGGCCAGAACGCCGAGUGCGAGGUCAUCAAUCAUCAGGCGAGGUGCAGCUGUCCGAAAUCUUGGAACGGAAACCCGUUCAUCGUAUGCCGACCGGAGUGCACCGCCCACUCCGAAUGUCCCCCGAACAAGCCCGCCUGUCUCUAUCAGAAAUGCGUGAAUCCCUGCGACGGCGUGUGCGGCGUGAAUGCCGACUGCAAUCUACGUGGGAUCACUCCCGUUUGCAGUUGUCCGAAACACAUGACCGGUAAUCCUUUCGUCAGCUGCAGACUGUUUGAGCCGCGCGAUCUCUGCGAACCGAAUCCCUGCGGUGCCAAUGCCAUUUGCACGCCGGGUCACGACAGCACCGGGAAGGAGAGGCCGGUGUGCACGUGUCCUACCGGCUACAUCGGUAACGCCCUGACGAGCUGCCAGCGCGGAGAGUGCUUCACCGACAGUGAAUGUCCCGACAAUCGGGCGUGUAUCGAUUUCACGUGUACGAACCCGUGUACCGGCCGCGAGUGCGGUCCGAAUGCCACAUGCACGCCCCGACGUCACAUCGCAGUCUGCACGUGCCCGGAGGGGACCAGAGGCGACGCCCUGUACACCUGUAAUCCGAUCGAGAGUAAAUCGGUGUACAAUUACGGCCGCGCCUACCGUUACGGCUAGUCAAACGCAAAACGACAUCACCGAUUCCACGUUCGAAAUACUCAACGUUUUAAUAACGCGUUUUAAUUUUUAUUCCAAUUCGGGCAUACUUUUGCGAAAGAACCAGGAAAUAUGAAAACAAAUUUAACCGCCUAUUCCUUACGCAGGUCGUGUAACAGAGUUAAUAUAUAUAUAUGUAUGUUUCAUAACGCUACGCUGAUAAUAUGUCUUCCAAUUCGUGUUCACCGUAGGAUCUCAUGCAAAGUGUUCUGUAUGUUUUUAUAAAGUGCAGUUAUAAACUGCGACUGGUCGCGCGAAUCUAUUUUCAAUCUGCAAUAAAAUUGGAGGCAUAACGACUUAUGCAGCAUUAAAAUUUAUAUACAACAAAAA